AUGCAACAGAAGGAAUUAGGAGUUUACAAGCCGCUGUACUUUGUGUUGGCAUUUGUCCUUUAUAUCCUCAUCAUUACAGUCAACUUAACUUUGAUCUUAAUAGUGACAAUAGAAAAAAGCCUCCAUGAGCCUAUGUACAUUUUCCUAUCUAAUCUAUGUGUGAAUGGACUUUAUGGGACUGUUGGGUUUUACCCUAAAUUUUUGCUGGAUUUGCAAUCUGAUGUUCACACAAUAACCUACAGUUGGUGCAUUAUACAAGCUUAUGUGAUUUAUACAUCUGCAAUGUGUGAAAUCACAAUUUUAACAGUGAUGUCUUAUGACCGCUAUGUGGCCAUUUGUAGGCCCUUGCAAUACCAUAGCAUUUUGACUCCACGUGGUAUUUUAAAGCUGCUUGUACUGGCCUGGGCUUAUCCUCUUUUGAUAUCAGUAAUAUCUGUUUUACUUACUGUUAGAAUACCCAUUUGUGGAUCUCAGAUCCGUAAAUUAUUCUGUGACAAUCCUUCAAUAAUAAAGCUGGGAUGUUCUAAAGCCGUAGCCAACCAGGUGUUUAGUAUGGUACUAAUUACAGUUCAGAUUGUACAAUUUUUUUUCAUUUUCAUUUCUUAUGCUCAUAUUGUCAAGGUUUGUAUAUCAUCCAGUGAGGGUAGAACAAAGUUUACUAAAACUUGCGUGCCCCAUAUUUCGGUUUUGGUCAUCUUUGUCAUGACAACACUUUUUGAUGUAUUUUACAGCUGGGAUGGUUCAGAAAAUCUUCCAGUUAGUCUACGUAAUGCAUUGGCUCUACAAUUUUUGAUUCUUCCUCCACUACUGAAUCCAAUAAUUUAUGGGCUUCAACUUCCACAGAUCCGAAAAGUACUAUGUUGUAAACACAAAAUGAUGUGUUUAUCCUAG